UCAAUUCGAAAGCCAACACUAAAAAGAUAUGCUAGCAUGGAAAACAGUACUUUCAGCAUGAAGGAGUUCGAUCAGUCAUUCGAAGAUUCUCUUGCGCGUGGAUUUGAUGACGGGGUCUUGCAGCUCCAUGGCCCGCAGGCCAUUGAUCUUCUGCCAAGCGAUGAAUUUAUUCUAGACGCUACGGAGGAAAAGCCACCAGAUGACCUUCAUGGGCCUGUCGUGGGGGAAUCAUAUAAUUACUCGCUGCAAAAUGGCAGCAAAAAGCUCAUCAUGUUUAAUUUUUUCAAAAUUCCCGGCGAAGAUGACCGACUUGGUUCAUACCGUGACAUAGAAACUCUGAAAAAAAUUAGCAUCGCAUUUAAUUUCAAUGUCGAAAUUUAUGAAGACCUCGUCAAAACGGACACCGAAAAGGUUCUCGAUCGUAUACAAAGAGACAAAGAACUCGAAAAUACGACGUUGUUGAUGAUCGUAGUCAUGAGCCACGGAGAUGGAAAAAAUGCCUAUUGUUUCAAGAGUUCAGACGGCAUGAGCGUCAGUAUGGAAGAGCAUAUAAUUGCUCGUUUUAACGACAUAAACUGUCCUCAAUUGAAGGGGAAACCUAAGAUUAUGGUCGGCGUCUUCUGCAGAGACACCAAGAAUGCUGACACCUCGUCUCGCCCUGAAGAAAUUUCGGAUAAUUUUCUAAACGAUACGGUAAUAAUUUACUCGGCCAAGGAAGGGGAGAAAUCUUACAGAUGCAAAGAGAAUGGGUGCUUUCUAGUGCAAGCUCUUUUCCAAUCUUUAGAGAAUCGUAGCUUCACUAGCUUUCGUGAACUCGUAGCAAGAUUUCACCUGGCUAUGGGAGAAUAUUUGGAUCCAGAAAUAAAGUUCAUAAAUUUUAGGGAUGUAAAUCUCUUCUAGAGAGUUUGAUAGUUAAAUUACCAUGCAGUCUAGAAUAAAAUUGAUAUAAUCUCACUAUCAGCGAAAUUUAACCAUCUCAGAAUAACAUGAUGGACGUUAGAAGAUCUUCUAACAACGAAGUCAAGUUUGACAUAUUGAGUCGGUGGUUUGUGGUGCAAGCUUUGGACUAGUAAUCUAAGGUCAAUAUAGUAUCUCAGGAUUAUGCGGGUGGAGAGCCAGCUUCAGUUCCCGUGGAGAUCGAUCUUCCCUGCCAUGGAGAGCAUGAUUCCCUGAUCAACAACAAGUGGUGAAUGAGAGGCUUGUUAUUAAGUGACGCCAGUUCGUGUCUUGAAACACUGCCAUCAAUUGUAACAUCCCGUUUUAAGCAGUGACCAACAAGCGGUGAAUAAGAGAGGCAUUUCGGAUGAUUCUGACUUGUGUCUUGAAACACUGCCAUAAAUUUUAACAUCCCGUUGUAAGCAUUGACCAACAACUGGUGAAUGAGAGAGGCUUGUUUGGUUUCCGACAUGUGUCUUGAAACACUGCCGUCAAUUUUUGCCCAAACCACUCUAUCGGAUUGGCUGUGAUUCCAGUAAAAAAUCAUUUUUGAAUGUCCCAUGAUUUUUUACAGGAGUUACAUCUGUGCAAAUGGAGUUUUUCGUCAUUGUUGAGCCUCGUUUAAAAUUCGAUAUGAGUUGGUUCUAAUAAAUCCUAAUUAUCUGCGA